AUGCUAAAUGUUUUAUUCCUUUUGUUUAUACAGGUCAAGAAGUUAUAUAGUGAUAUAAAAGAAACAUCAUUAGAGUGUUCAAAUUCAAAUCCAUGCGUUUUUACUAUAGGAGCUGACUCGAAAAACAAUGUAACUUUCUUGAAUUUGUUUAAUCUAGAAAGUGCCGAUGAAGUAAGAUAUUCAUAUACAAAAUAUACUUCGUUGUCAGACAUUUCAACAUGGAAUAUUGCAUCAGAUGAAGAAAAAAAUAAAGUUUGGAAAUCCAUGUCAUCUCUUUCGGUUUACGUAAAACCUGCUUCCACAAAAGAUAUUAAUGUAAGAGGAGGGAAAAUUAGGAACUCAAUAUGCCCUAGUGGUACGAUCAUCUCGACAAAAGAAUCAUUCAAUAUCCAAGAUUACUCAUCAAAUCCGAUUGGGCAGCCACCAUCUCAGUUUUGUCUUAUAUUUUUACAUCAAAAAGCUUCAGUUGUUGUUAAAAACACACUUAAUAGAAAUGAUCAACUUACUUACAGAGUUGGCUAUAAUGAUUACAGAAGAAUUGGUUGGCAAAGAUCAAAAACUAUUAAUUCAGAUCGAAUUCCUAUAUAUCUCAUAUUCAAAUUAUCUAAUAAUAAUGAAAUUAGAAAAUUUACUAUCAAUCUGAAUAACGUUCAGCCACAGGGUCAUGAAGAGGCUGAAUAUAACAGUAAAGACAUCCCUACUCUCGAUUCAAUUGAUGAAAGUGAAGAAGAAGGAAAUGAAAAUGGAGAAACUGAAGAAAGCAGCUCGGAUAUUAUUGAUGAACCACCUGAUGAAAUAGAAGAAUCAUCCUCCUCAAUAUCCUCUUCUUCUGAACUUGUCAGUCAAAUUUCAAUUACACCUUUACAAACUCCGGAAGAAACAUGGGAAGGAGAUUGGGAUGACCCACCAAAUGUUAUUGUUAGAGGUAAUGAUGUUCCAGAGAUUCAUGAAACCCAUCCACCAAUUCAAACUGAUUACAUUAAAACUCCUGUUCCAAAAGUCACUACAUAUAUCAAUGUGACGAUGGGAACCUCCAUAAUAGUAGUUGUUGUAAUUCUCACUAUUGUUAAUAUAAUCAGAACUGUUAGAAAAAUGAGAGGAAAUGAGUGUGGUAGAAUUUACGAAAAAGUGACACUUAGCCUUAAAUUUCCAAACACUAUUUUUUGA